CAGUGAUAAAUUUUUAUGUCCUCACUUCAAUGCAUUGAAGAAGAUCAAGGUGAAAAAGUAUCUUUGGUUUCUGCAGUGUGCGCGGUGUGGGCUGAGGAGUCUGCUUUGGGUGGAUUAUUGAGAAAGACUAAAAUCCCACCUUUUGCCAUGCCUGGAAUUACAACUAAACUGUACCAGUCGGUGUUUCGGCGAACGUCGACGUUUGCAUUAACCAUCAUGUUGAGUGCAUUUGUGUUUGAAAGGACAUUUGAACUUGGAUCAGCCUGGACGUUCGAUUACAUCAACAGAGGCAAACUGUGGGAUCAUAUAAAAGACAAAUAUGCAGCUCCAGAAGAUGAAUAAGCCUUUAUUAAUUGCUUUGCGGUAUCCGCUCGGUGUAGAUAAUACUUGUAAAGUACGAUUACGAUAUAAAUAAAUAAAUGCGUUGUAACAGAGACAAA